GGAAAAAUGUCUUACUUCCGGGGGUAUUCUUACUUUCUUUGGUGAUCAGAUCAAUAAGAGAUUUUACACCUUGAUGACAUUUACGAUUUUGCAGUAUAAAAUUAUUGACAACUAAUACACAUUUAAAGUAUGAAAAGAAUGUCAGAUUAUUUUAAUGAGCUUUUUUCUAAAGUGUGGAGGAGAUUUUAGAAAAAAAAAGAAACGGUUGUGGUCGGAGCACUUCCUCUGUCUGUUGUUUAAAGCUUGACAAGAAGUGUUACCUGACUGUGGCAGAAAGCGAACGUGUUAGUGUUUACAGAUUACGCUGUUAGAGAGCAGCAUUUCACACACAGCAUGAGGAUUAUACAAAUUCAACUCUAUCUACUUGUGUGCUGUGGAGCUGCAGAAGGUUCCCCAGACAUGUUGGUGGAUUUGGGACGAACUGUGACCCUACAGUGUGAAGUGGCUGUAAAAGAUGUGCUCUGGUUCCUGAUGAAGCCGUCAGAACCUCCAGUGUUUAUAUUACGCUCUUUCUCAAGUAAAACUCUGGAUUCACAUUACAGUAACCAGACCUUCAGCAAGACUUUCUCAGUGCAAUACAACAGCAGUUUAUUUAUACACAAUAUCAGUACUAAUGAAUUAGGAGUGUAUUAUUGUAUUCAGACUCCAACUGGUUCACCUCCUAACAUCAGCCAUAGAAUCAGACUUUACAUCCGGAAUCAUUCAGCUGACAAUCAGAUGGGUGACAUUAGACAGCAGCAGAAUCAGACAGCUGGUGAAGAUGAACUUUGGAGGAAAGUCGCGAUCGUAUCAGGAAUAAUGAACUGUCUUGUGAUCUUUUCUGUCAUAGAAAAACUCCACACUGCUAGAAGACUGAUAUCAGAUGCGUUAAUGAUGUUUCAGUCUGGAUCGGGAGCCGCUGUGGAAGAUCAAAUUUCCCAAAGUUCCAACCUCCGAACUGUAAGGAAGAGCAGCUCAAUGGAUCACAGAAUUACUCCACACAAGUGCAGGACCACAGCAUCUUCACCCUGGUAAUCUUUACUCAGCUUUCUCAUGAGGCCUAAAAUAUAUACACACACACACACACACACACACACACACACACACACCAUACAGUAAAGUGACCUUUUUCUGAAAUCAAACCGAAUAUUUGGUCCCA